CUCAGGAAUACUCCCAUAUAAAAAAUGUGAAGCGUGGUGGAAAUGUGCAUUUAAAACAUGGAUUCGUUGUGGAUACCCAUUUUGGGCUCUCUGAUGUUAGUGGAAAUCUCAUGGACUCUACCCAUUGACAGAGAUCAGCAGAGGCCUGAGGAUAUGGAGCUGGCUGAGGGCUACCUCAAGAGGUUUUACAGUCUGGAUCUGAGAGACCACAGACCUCCAAUAAGAAGAGUGAGGUCUGUGUCAGCCAUGGAGGUGAAGAUCCAAGAAAUGCAGAACUUCUUUGGUCUGAGAGAAACAGGAAACCUGGACCCUCACACCCUGAAUGUAAUGAGAGAAGCGAGGUGUGGUGUUCCAGAUGUGGACAACUACAGCUUUUACCCUUAUAGGCCUAAAUGGAAGAACAACAUCAUCACAUACACGAUUGCCAAAUACACUCCAGACAUGAUGAAAGAGGAUGUGGAAAAGUCUCUUCGUUCAGCUCUGAAGAUGUGGAGCGAUGUAGCUCCACUGAAGUUCAUUAAAGUCAACCACAGAAAAGCUGAUAUCGUCUUCUCCUUUUCCCGCAGAACUCAUGGAGAUUUCUUUCCCUUCGAUGGACCUGGGGGCGUGUUGGCUCAUGCCUUUCAGCCGGGAGAGGGGAUAGGUGGAGAUGUGCACUUUGAUGAUGAUGAAAUGUGGACGGCAGGGACGCAAGGUUACAGCCUGUUUGGUGUUGCAGCUCAUGAGCUUGGCCACUCACUUGGUUUGACUCACUCACAAGACCCCUCUGCUAUCAUGUACCCCAAUUACAAACAUCACAGCAAUGCACAGUACUCUCUGUCUGAAGAUGAUGUGAUAGGGAUCCAAACACUGUAUGGCAGGCCCAACAAAAAGCUGGAAACCCAACCGGCUUCAAAACAAUGUGACCCCAGCUUUUCUUUUGAUGCAGCAACACAGAUUCAAAAUGAGAUCAUUUUCUUUAAAAACAGGCACACGUGGAUGAGAUCAACAAGGACAACUUAUUGGAACCGCCUAAGACAAGGCCAGAUCACCACAUAUUUCCCGAGCAUCAGAUCUCACAUUGAUGCCGCUUAUGACAUCCCAGCCAAAGGCGUGGCGUACAUGUUCACUGGUAAUAAGUACUGGGUGGUUCAACAGCUUAAGAUGAAAAGUCGCUCUGGCUCCAUUUACGAGUACGGCUUCUCCUCCAGAGUCAGGCGGGUUGACGCUGCCGUGCAUGUCAGCGAAUAUGGAAAAACAAUGUUCUUCGUAGGAGAGUUUUACUACAGGUAUGAUGAGCACAAGAGGAGAAUGGACCCUGGCUUCCCCAGACUCAUCCAGACAGAUUGGUCCGGAGUCCCCAGAAGGGUUGAUGCUGCAUUCAAGUUACACGGUAACAUCUUCCUCCUCAGUGGAACAAAAUCCUACCAGUAUGACUUCAGACAAAAGCAGGUCGUGAAUGUAAUUCCAGGAAACUCUUGGCUGGGAUGUUGA